GGUUCGAAAACCCGUAGACCCGUUUCCACCAUCAACCGCCACUCACCCACGGAGAUCAUCCUCGUCAGCGGCACAACGAUCUCCAUCUCUAGCUGCCCUCAUCUUCUUCAUUCCACCCAAUCACCCAUAAACAUUAGCUACCUAAGGGGCUGACCUCGGCGAUCAACAGAGAAAAAGCAGAGGGCUCUCUCCUCCAUUCUUCAAUCCCUAGCUUCAAGAGAGGGGACAAGAAAGGAAAAUCGAGAGGGAGGCCAUCGAAAUGGAGUCAAGUUCAUGAUCAUCGCGAUCUGGAGAGAAAUUCGUGGACAAAAGAGAGGAGAGCACAGCAAAAUAGCGAGGAAAGGAAGCUGCAAGCAGAACGGAGUUCCAAUCUCGGGUAAUUGAGCUGGAGGAUCCUUGGACCCUUGCGAUUUGCACCUCAGAAGGAAGCACCGUUAGCAAAUUCUCUGCCCAAUCUCAAAAAUGGGGAAACGAAGGUUUGCACAGGUCUCCACCAGUGAUGAUGAGGACUUUGUAGUCCCACCACAUUCCAAGAGGUCGCGGCCCACCAACUCUUCCUCUGAGGACAAGAAGCAAGAGAAGAGGAAGAAAAUGAAGCUUAGAGAAGAUGAGGACGAAGAAGAGGAAGAGACACAAUCCAAAAGGGAGAGGAAAGAUAAGCGAAGAGGGGAGGAAGAAGAGGAGGGUGAGGAGGAGGAGGAGUUUCAGGAGGAUGCGAAACCAAUAGGAGAGGCAGUUAGGGUUUCAGGGAAGGGGAGAGGAAGGAGGAACCACUAUGAGGCCUUCGAGUUUGACGGGAAUCGAUAUGAACUUGAGGACCCUGUACUUUUAGUUCCUGAAGAGCAAGACCAGAAACCUUAUGUGGCAAUCAUUAAGGAUAUCACACAGACCAAGAAUGGUGGCAUGAUGGUUACUGGACAGUGGUUUUAUCGUCCUGAAGAGGCUGAGAAAAAGGGGGGUGGAAACUGGCAAUCACGUGAUACACGAGAGCUGUUUUAUAGUUUCCACCGUGAUGAGAUUCCAGCAGAAUCUGUUAUGCACAAGUGUGUGGUGCACUUUGUUCCUAAACAUAAGCAGCUACCAAGUCGGAAGCAGCAUCCUGGUUUCAUUGUGCAAAAAGUGUAUGACACUGUGGAGCGAAAACUUUGGAAACUUACUGACAAAGACUAUGAGGAUAAUAAGCAGCAUGAAAUUGAUAUUCUUGUUCAGAAAACGUUAGCACGUUUGGGAGAUCUUCCUGAUAUUGAGACUGAUGAUAAUGCUGCUGAUCGGGAUGAUCAAUUGAAGACUAAACGAAUCCUUAGGAAAAGGACCAUUUCACCCCUUGAUGUUUCAAGGGAUGAGGAAGCAACUGCCAGGUUAGACAACCAUCUAAAAGCUGAAACUCCAGGAAGCUGUCCAAGCAAUCUAUCGGAAUACCACACUAUUUUAUCGAAGUUUAAGGCAUUAACUGGAGAAACUCAUCGUGAUAAAUGGUUGGAGAGGCUUCUCCAAAGAAUUCAGUACAUGUGCAGUUCUCCUGACAGUGUGCAAGAAGGAAUUGGUGGUUCUGAUGUCAAUGAAGCUCAAGAAAAGAAUUCAAAUCAUGGCAAGCCUUUUCCAUGGCCAGAUUCUGCUGUUUCGGCAGUAACUGCUCUUGAGAAGGCUGCACAUGAUUCUCUUUCAUCUGAUUUUCAGAAGUAUAACCAGAAAUUACGACAGCUGGAUUUCAAUCUAAAGAAUAAUGCACUUCUAGCUCGGCGGCUACUGAAUGGAGAGUUGGAACCUUCCAAAAUACUAAACAUGUCACCCAAUGAAUUGAAGGAGGGUUUAACAGCAGAAGAGACAGCAAGAAAAGAGCCUGAUGACUCGGAGCGCAUGCAGAUGACUGAUGCUCGGUGUAAAAGAUGCAAUGAGUUUAAAGUUGGCUUGAGGGACAUCAUUCAAGCUGGACAUGGAGACAGAUACCAGCUGGAGUGCAUUGCAUGUGGGAAUUCCUGGUAUGCUUCUAGAGAUGAGGCAUCAAGGCUGACAAUAGAGGGGCCUAGUUCUGCUGCUGCUGCGAAAACUGUUGGGACAGUACCAUUAGCAACCACUAAAUUUGAAAGCGUGGCACGGGAGUCGGAGAAGUCUGUCAAAGAUGUGAUUAAGAAGGCUACUGAAGCAUACAUGCCUGUGUUGGAGACACAGAAAUCAUUUGGAAGGUCAAGGAAUGAGGAUAAAACUGGCUCUUUGAAGAAGGCAGAGUAGGAUGUUUCUGAGGGAUAAAACAUUAUCCUAACUUGGUUGUAUAAAUGUUACAACUGUAUAAAUUUCAAACUUUAGUGGUAGGUAAGUUGUACAUGGCCGAAGUAGAGUCGUUACCCACUUACCCUUGUAGCCUAGUAGCCUAGUAGCCUAGUACUAGUAUAACCGGACAAAGGGAUCCAAAAGUUAAUGUUGGGAUUUGAGCAGCUACAGUUCAGAAUUAUCUGCUGGACCGCUUUGGUUAGUUUUAUUAACAACUUUACAGAUUGAGAGAAUCUACAGUUGCACGUAAUACUUUAGAAACCUCAAAAAGUGGGAAAAACUCACAAUUUGCCCUUUAACAUUUUGAGUUUGAGGUAUUUUACCCUCAUCUUACAAUAUAUGAAUAUUUACCCU